AUGAAGUACGCAGCCGUUUCUCUUCUCGUCAGUGGUGCUGCCGCCUUCCCAUGGGUGGUCGACUCCCCCGGUGUCGACUCAUCGCUCUUCAAGCAACGCCGCGCACUAUGGAGACGUCAACAGACUGGUGAGGGUGCCGGUGGUCCCGCCACUUGCCCCUUCAACGCAAACCACGUCCCUGCUUCUCCAGUCACAGCUCAGUAUCCUUACAACAACGCCAAGAAUGGCGUCAUGGGAAACCAGAAAGGAGGCUUCCAGGUACCCACCACUGGCGACACAGCCCAUUACUACGUUGCACCAGGCCCUAACGACAUUCGUGGACCUUGCCCCGGUCUCAACGCCGCUGCCAACCACAACUUCCUGUCUCACGACGGAGUCGUCACUUACAACGAGCUUGUCGAUGCUCAGCAGAACGUUUACAACGUCGGCUACGACCUUGCCAACCUUCUUGCCGUGCUCGGGCUCACCUUGACCGAUGGCGACCUUGUGACCGAGAAGCUCUCGAUCGGCUGCGACGCCACCACCCGCACUUCAGUCAACCCAGCUUUGACUGGCAGCGAGCCUGGCCUUGACGGCCACAACAAGUUCGAGGCGGACAGCUCGCUCACCCGCAACGACUUCUUCACCCACAACGGCGACGACUUCAGCUUCAACGGCACCCUCUUCGGCAUGAUGGACACGACUUGCAAGUCUAACUUCAACCGCGAGGCUCUUUCGCUCUACCGCUCCCAGCGCUGGCACCAGAGUCAGGCAGAGAAUUCCAACUUCUACUUCGGUCCCCUUUCGCUGCUGUUGUACGGAGCCGCCUCCUUCUUGUACGAGCUUAUGCCGAGCGGCACGCACGGCUAUGCUCCCGAUCUUGCUACCAUUUCCUCCUUUUUUGGUGCUCAGAAGAACAGCGAUGGUACCUGGGGCUUCGUCCACGAAAAGAUCCCCGCCAACUGGACCAACCGUGUUGCGCCGUACACCAACAAUGAUGUGACGCUCGAGAUUGUCCACAUGUACCUUGAGAACCCCGUCCUCUUCGGUGGCAACACCGCUGCUGGCUCUUUCGAUGCCCUCAACUUCGGCGCUAUUCAGAAUGGCAAGAUCUCGCCGUCCAUCACCCCAGCUCAGACAUCUUGCUUGCUGUACCAGCUCACUACUGGACAAGUUCCCAGCUACCUCAACGGCGUUAUCACCCCUACCGUUAACGCCUUGGCUUUCGCGCUCAAGAAGCUUGGCCCAUCGUUCGCCAACUUGGGUUGCCCGAUUCCGUUGACCUAG